UCUUUAAGCUCCCACAGGUUGUUUUGUCUCUGAGUCACAGCAAAGAUGAGCUACGGGGACCGCUACACCUCGUCGUCCUACAGGAAGAUUUUUGGGGACAAUCCUCGGUUCUCUGACUCCUCCGGCCGCAUGGGCAGCGCGUCUCCACGCGGGUCCGCGGGGCUCAGACCCGCGGCCGCGUCCCGCAGCGGCGCGUCCGGCCUGAGCCUUUACAAGAGGACGGGCCGGUCCUCCGUGUCCUUCUCCGCGAUGCCCAUGGGCUCCCUGGACCUGUCCCAGACCUCCGUGGUCAACAAUGAGUUCAAAGUGAUCCGGACUAACGAGAAGGAGCAGCUGCAGGGUUUGAAUGACCGAUUCGCCAUGUUCAUCGAUAAAGUCAGGCACCUGGAGCAGCAGAACAAAGUGCUGGAGACGGAGCUGGUGAGCCUGAGGCAGAAGCAGACCGAGCCGUCCCGGGUGGCUCAUCUUUACCAGCAGGAGCUGAGGGGUCUGCGCUCGAAGCUGGAGGAGCUGAGCAGGGAGAAGGACUGCGUCCUGAUCGAGAAGAACAACAUGGAGGACGAGCUGCAGAAGCUCAGUGUGAAGUACGAUGAGGAGGUGAGGGCGCGGGAGGAGGCCGAGCAGACCCUGAGGUCCUUCAGGAAGGACGUGGACGACGCCACGGCCGUCCGCCUGGACCUGGAGCGCCGCCUGGAGUCGCUGAUGGACGAAAUCGCCUUCCUCAAGAAGGUGCACGAGGAGGAGAUCCAGGAGCUGACCAGCAUGAUGGAGGCGCAGCAGGGCGCCGUGGAGUUCGAGCUCGCCAAGCCGGACCUCACCUCGGCCCUGAAGGAGAUCCGCAACCAGUACGAGUCCAUCGCCUCCAAGAACCUGCAGUCGGCCGAGGAGUGGUACAAGGGCAAGUUCGCCAGCCUGAGCGAGCAGGCCACCAGGAACAACGAGGCCGUGAGGGCCAGCAGGGAGGAGAUCAACGAGUUCAGGAGGCAGCUGCAGUCCAAGACCAUUGAGAUAGAGACCAUGAGGGGAACCAACGAGUCUCUGGAGAGGCAGAUCGCGGAGAUGGAGGAGGCGCACAACGUCGAGGUCACAGCCAUGCAGGACACCAUCGGGCACCUGGACACCGAGCUGAGGAACCUGAAGAGCGAGAUGGCUCAACACCUGAGAGAGUAUCAGGACCUGCUCAACGUCAAGAUGGCUUUGGACAUAGAGAUAGCGGCUUACAGGAAACUUCUGGAGGGAGAGGAGACUCACUUUAACUCGGGGAUGUCGUUCAGCUCCUCCAGCUACGUCUACCAGGCGGCUAAAGUCCCGGCCGACUUCUCCAAGAGCAGCCAGAAGGAGAAAGACGGAGCCAUGAAGGAGCUGAGGGAGGACAAGGACGAGAACUCCAACAACUGAGGACUCGCAGACACGACGAUCCGUUCAACCUUCAUAGUCAAACGAUGUGUAUUUGUAACGGUGUAAUAUUCUCAGGAUUUAGAUCAUCAUUCAAAGUAAAAAAAUCAAUGGUUUGUGAGUAUUGAUAGUGACAUAAGUGUCCGACGUUAAA